AUGCGAGAAGUUGGUGUGGUGAUGUGGUUCCUGUGGCUUCUGGUUCUCUACUCUGCUGUUGGGGGGCAGGAUCUUGUGGGCUUGGCCAACCAGACCAGUAUAACGGGCAGCAGCUGGACAAAUCAGACUGCAGUUGACCGUAAUGAGAGAUUCUUCUCAUUCUUCAAUGUCAUCCGCUUCAGAAAUGUCCAGUGCACUGGAGUGAAUGGUCAGUAUGGCACAUGCUAUUCAAGACAGGAGUGCACACGAUUGGGAGGCAUAGCAUCUGGGGGCUGUGCACGGAACUGGGGUACCUGCUGUAUCAUGUAUGUCGACUUCCAGGAAGAUAAUGUGCCAAUUCAGCUCAGCAUCAGAGCUGGCACAGGGGCUAGUGUCAGUCGCAAGUGGAACAUUAAGGUCAGCCAGAUAGACUGUGCAAGUCCUGAGCGUGCUCCUGCUGGUGCACUCAUGUACUACAGAGCACUUACAGACACUGUGAAGAGUUUUAACUAUGGUAGAGGUGUUGAUCAGUCCGGUACACGCCAGAUCGUCAACACGAACUAUGGAGUGUUUGUUCGUGCAGGGCUUGGAUAUUGCAGCAUAACGUGGAGCCAGGUUUCCGGCGAUGUAUACACCUUCACCGUGUCAGGUGAUACUGAAGUCUUGCCCACAGAUUUGCUUGGAACUGCAACUGUAGCUCUGAGUGGUGAACAAUGCACCGCUGAUUUCAUUGUAAUACCAAACCCUUCCCAGGGUGGAACGAGCCUAACUACUGACAGAUUUUGUGGCAAUGCAUUGGUACCAACCACAACCUCUGCAAGGCCGUUUGUGUUGACUGUGGUAACAGAUGACACUGAAAUGGGGACUGAUGUUGCAAACAGAGGCUUUAAUUUGAUGUAUCGUCAGAUACCUUGUGACUAA